AACCGCUUCAGGAUGACGUCUUGCCAGGCGUCACAGAGCGGAUCCGUCUCCGUGAAAGCCAUCAUGAGAGCUUUCCCCGCGUUUUUGGCUUCUCAUGCUGAAGCGCAUGUUUCUGAUCAACUUGUCUUUUAUCUAGAGUGACUGAGGUCGGUCUAUCGACAUCGACAGCGCCGCCAAGAUGAGCAGCUACACGUACAUCUACAACUCGCAGCUGGAUGCAUUCUCCUUGUACCACCUCACCCAUGAGCAAGCGACGAAACCCAGCGCGCUCGGUCCCGCCCUGCCAGCCCUCGGCCACGCAACCUCUGGCGCUCUAGGAACGGCCGUCUCGAAGCUUAUCACCUACCCUCUCGACUUGGUCGUUGCGCGUCUCCAGGUGCAGAAACAGCUCCAAGGUGAGAAUGAGCGGCCGAGGUACGAUGGCAUCCUGGAUGCUGUCGAGAAGAUCUAUGAGCGUGAAGGUGGACUGUCAGCUUUCUACAACGGCGUCCCCCAGGAGGUGUUCAAGGGCGUCACGGACAGCUUUCUGUUCUUUCUCACAUACUCGUACGUGAGGCAGAGCCGCUUGGCUGCGAAUGGUGGACGAAAGAGCUUGGGAGCAUUCGAGGAGAUCGGCGUAGGCGUGGUUGCCGGUGCCUUGUCCAAACUAUGCACGACGCCUAUCCAGAACAUCGUGACUAGGAAGCAGACAGCAGCCAUGACUGCUCUCGACCCGAGUUCGGGCAGAGCGCCAGCUUCAAGCACACGAGACAUUGCAUACGAGAUCAGGAAGGAGAAGGGUUUGCAGGGCUUCUGGUCUGGCUACUCUGCCAGCCUUAUCCUGACUCUCAACCCAUCCCUCACUAUGCUCCUGCACAAGGUAUUGCUACGCCUGCUGGUACCGAAAGACAGGCGCGAUAACCCCGGCGCACGUAUCACGUUCCUUAUCGCGGCUACGAGCAAAGCUAUGGCCUCAACUAUCACCUACCCGUUCCAGCUGGCCAAGACGCGCGCCCAGGUCUCGUCUCAGAAGCCUACUCAGACAACUGGCGAGACAUCAGAGUUCGAGACAGCCAAAAAGCCGUUACAGUCGAGGGCUGUUCGCGCUCGACAGCGCACGGUGUUCGCUACCAUCUUGCGCAUUGCACAGACGGAAGGCUUUUCAGGCCUGUAUCAAGGUCUUGGUGGAGAAGUGCUAAAGGGAUUCUUCUCGCACGGUAUCACAAUGCUGAUGAAGGAGCGAAUCCACUCGGUUAUCAUCAGUCUCUACUAUCAAGUUUUGAAGUCGAUGGAGAAGUUCCCUAGCUCCGAGGAGCUCAAGCAGAUGGCAACAGACAGCAUCGAGGACGGCAAGGAGCGCGUAGGCGAUGCGUACACGAAGGGCGUCGAGGUUGCUGGACACGCAGCCGAGAAGGUUCAGGAUGUGGUGACACAGGGAUCUGAGCAGGCCCAAAACUUAUACGAGAGCAGCAAGGAGCAGGUGGGUGAUGCAUACAGCAAAGUCGCCGAAGCAGCGCAGACUGCAACGUCAAAUGCACAAGAAGCAGUUCGCAGCGGUUCGCAGCAAGCGACAAGCCUUGCAGAAGCCGGGAAGGAGCAGGCUAGCGGAGCAUAUGCAAGGGCGGCCGAGACAGCUCAGACGGCAUCAUCGGCUGCGCAAGAGCAAGCCAGCGGGGUCUUCAACAAGGCAACAGAAACAGCACAGUCAGUGUCGUCAACAGUGCAAGGUCAAGCCAGUGAUGCAGCACGGUCCGCGACCUUGACCGCUCAGGACGCAGCUAGUGGCUCGUACGCAAAAGCGACCGAGUCAGUGGAGUCGGCCUCGUCAACAGCACGGGGCCAGGCCAGUGAGGUCUACAACAAGUACACCCAAGCAGCAGACUCGGCAACAGCCAGCGCUCAACAGGCCGCCAGUACGGGAACGUCGUCUGGCAGUCUCAUGGAGCGGGGCCAGGAGGUCGCAAAUCACGCGCAGGAGCAGUCAAGGAACGUCGCAGACGCGUACGGUAAGAAGGAGUAGUAUUGGACGCGAGCGAUUGGCAGCAGACUGUACAUAUACCCAGAUGUAUUUUUUAUUUGCACGUGUUUACGAGAAUCAACGAAUGUGUUUGGGGUCCCAUGACCUGGCGCGCAGCCCAACAGCCAGAAUUGCAUGUGACGCCCAAAGUCGGUCUACCUAGGCUGUUGAC